UUAGCUUCAGAGACAGGUUGCGCCGUGAGCAGGCCGAGGAGCUGUUCCCUGGAGAUUAUCACACACACACACACACACACUGUGUCCUGGAGCCUUUUUCCUCUGCAUCGCAUUGUGGCUUGUGGUCUAAUCAGUGUCUCCAUGUCAUCCCAGUGCCUGAGCAGCAUCCUGACUAAUGCCAACCUCACCAUGUAUCAGACUGGCCCCCCUGAUGUCGUCCCGCAGCAGCUCCCCAGCAUCAACACCCUGCAGAUCAGCAGUUUCGCAUACAGCUCCAACAUGAGCGGCCAGUGGUACGGGCAGGUCAGCCCCCACUGCUGGACAGCAGACCAUGUUCUGGAGUGGAUCAGCGACCAUGUGGAGAGCACCAAGUUUGAUGCAAGCACCCUGAGCCUGGCUACCUGCUGCAUGGACGGCCCGGCUCUCUGCCAGAUGAAGAGGGAGCAGCUGAUCGGGGUCUUCGGCCCACAGCUCGGACUCCAACUGCACCAAAGUCUUCAAGAACACAAGACCAAAUUUGAGCUGUCAGGACCGGAGCUGAGUGAGACCUGCCAGCUGCUGGAUGACUUCCUGGACAACCUCAACUAUCCCUUGCUCAGCACCAUAAGAAUUGGCCAAGCUGAAGGAGCCAUUAGCAAAAGGGACUUUGACUACAGGGAUGAUUAUGAACUGACUAGUCUGAGCAUGGGGCCGCUGGCCUCUGUGGGAGACAUGGAGUACCUGUCUGAUAACCAAUCCGACAGCGAGUUCAGCUCCUCCUCCAACAGUGGCAUGUUAGACCUCUCAAGCCUCAGCUCACAGGAGUCUGGCGAAUCAGACCCAGAGUUCUCCUACCCUCUGAUUUCAAAGAGCCACAUCAAAACAGAGAAAGGAGAGUCCCGACUGAAGCGGCCACGGGGCAGACCUCCCAAAGUCAGCAGAGAGCACAGCUGCAGCAUUUAUGAGAAUCACAAAAAGAAACAACAUGCGCCCCGUGGAACUCACCUAUGGGAGUUCAUCAGGGACAUUCUGAUCCACCCAGAGAGGAACCAGGGCCUGAUGAAGUGGGAGGACCGCCGGGAGGGUGUCUUUAAGUUCCUGAAGUCUGAGGCUGUGGCCCAGAUGUGGGGCCAGAAGAAGAAGAACAGCAGCAUGACAUACGAGAAGCUCAGCCGGGCCAUGAGGUAUUACUAUAAAAGAGAGAUCCUCGAGCGAGUCGACGGCCGGAGGCUUGUUUACAAAUUUGGAAAAAACUCCAACGGCUGGAAAAUGGAGGAGAUGGGAAUGGGCAUGUAAGGCCCCUCAUUGGGCGGUAGCUACAAUCAGAGCAGGAGUCCCAUGAGAUAUAAUAUCUGUGUGGCCUGUCUGGAGAUAAACUAAAUAGCUGCCCUUGAUGUUUAAGACACUCACUUCCUCUCAUAAGGAAGGUGUUGCAGAAAAUGUAAGCCAUCGUUUUUGGCUGUAGUAGGUUUUAUGAACCAAUUUUAAUAUUGUACCUAUUUUGUCUUUUUGAUCACCAGUGUAAAAACUUUUUUUUUCGUAGUAACGAAUAGUAACAUUGUUUGGAUACUUGUGAGUUUGUGUAAGUAACUAAAUGAUGAAAAAGCAAACUUAUUACAAAAGAACAGAAUUCCCGUCAGUGAUGCAGGACCUUUCUGUCACAUUGAAUUGUGUUUAAGAGUAUGGGAGUUAUUGGCUGUUUUGAUGCACUGAACAUAUAAUAUCCUUUUUCAUAAAUUACUUUUAUUUUAAAAAGGUGAAUCAUUGGUUUUCCAUGUAAAUGUAAAAUCUGUUUUAGAUUUCUGAAUGUCAUACUGGUUAAGUCACAGUGAAGUACCUGGUACAGAGAGCACUGGAUAUGUGAUGCUACUUCACAUCACACAGAAAUGAUAUGCACUACAUGUCUUUUGGUAUCACUUAUUAUAAAGUGUAUUUACACAAUGUAUAAAUCUGGUUAGAUGAACGAUGGUGACCUAUGAAAUCAGUUUGUCAGUCAGCUGCACACUGUCUCUGUGUGUAUGUGAUGUUUCAUUGUUUUGAUGUGAGUGUUGAAUUAAUGGCAUGUUGUUUCUUUACAAAUACUUUUUAUCUGUCUUUGUUGUUUUGUGAUUUUUUUUAUACUGUACUUAUUAAAACGAAGUUGAAAAUGGAAAAUUGUGAAUGUCAAACCAUCGUUUAUCAGGAAACAGAUCACAGGAGGUCAUUUAAAAAAAAAUAAAACAUCUAUUUGGA